GGCUACUUUACAGCACUGCCAAUACAACUUGUUGCCUAGGCAACGCGAAAAAUAUAAACAAUAAAUUAUUUGUGCAAUGGAUUGGGCUGAAGAACUGAAAAUGACUAUAAGAAAGACCACUGCACGCAAGGGUCGUCGCUCAAAGAGUCGCGAUGUCUUGAAAGAGGAAAAUCAAGCGGGAUCUUCAUCGAGUGCUGCGUCGACACACAAAUUGAAUAAAGAUAUAUCCAUAGAUAUUACGUUAGAUGUACAAAAUGAUAGUAGCAGUCCCACAUCUACAACACCUACAGCAUAUAAUAAUGAAUUUGAUUCAAGUCGACCGCCCAUCCGGCGCGUCUCUGGUGGCUGGGCAGAUUCUGGUUUAAAGGGACUUAAAUCCAAGAAGAAUUCAUUUGAUGAUGAACGCUUUCAAGUGAUCAAAUCUGCGACAAGUUCAAUACCAACGGAUGAUAUACCAAUUAUACCGGAUUUAGAUGAUGUCAGAGAUGAAAUAUUGCUAAACGAAAUUGUUGAGCCUGCGUCAAGCGUCGCUAUUAGUCGCGAUGUUACAUUUAAAGAGUUAAGCUCCGAUCUGCUCUCACAAAAUGCCUUUUCAGCAAUAGAAGACGUGGAUUUGACCAUAUUGACACGUUGCUUACAGGUUCAGGAAAGCUUGGAUGAACCGGACGAAAUUUGGGAAUGGGAUAAGCUCUUUACGGAGAUAACUGCGCAAAUAAAUUCGGAUAAGACAUUGAAUGUUGGUAUGCCGGAAAAGACAGAAAUUGGACCUGAUGAGGUGCCACCUACGGCUAAAUACAAUUAAUUCUAUAAAAAUAAAAUAAA